CCGCGCCGCAUCGGUGAUGAUGCAUUCGCACAGCGUGUGUGUACAGUGCGUACGUACCGUGUGUGGGAGGCUCGACUAUAGAGAAGAUGAUGAUGAUGCAUGACUAAGUAAUGCAUUGAACAGCCACCAUCAUGGCAGCUUCACUGUCUCAGCUCUCCGUUCUCAGCCAAAUCAGCGAGGAAUUUCUUCUCUGUCAGGUGUGUUUCGAGCGGUUCAACAAGCCCAAAAUCCUACCAUGUCUCCACAGUUUCUGCGAGGGGUGUUUGCAACGAUACGCCCCGGCCGGCUGUCGCACGAUACGCUGCCCGAUGUGCAAGCAGGAGACGGAACUCCCAGAAAAUGGCGGCGUGUGCGGUCUGAAGGAUAAUUUCUUCAUCCUCAACCUGUCCGACGUGUUUACGGAGAUCGCGCCGGCAAAGAAGGGUCAAAAGCAGCCGGCGCGCAAAGCCAUCUGUACCAUAUGUGUCGGUGCGGCACCCGCUGAGGCUAGUUUUCGGUGUCUGGAGUGCGUGGAUUUUUUAUGCGAUGUCUGCGCCCCUUCGCAUGACCAUCGCCUGGCCAGAUUCAGCCGGCAGCAUCACGUCAUCUCGGUGCCGGCCUCGGAGAACAAAAAGCUCCUGAGGAGGGAUAUUUACUGCGACAAGCACAACUCGGAGACGGUCAGGUUCUUCUGCGAGUCCUGCAACCGACCAAUCUGCCGGGACUGUGUCCUGGUCGAGCACAAGGAUCAUUCCCACACUUUCCUGAAGGACGAAGUCUCCAAGCACAGGAACACAAUAGACACUCUGCUGCAUGGUGUCAGGGACAAGAUUGCCGCUUUCGAAGAAGCCAUGAAGAGCGUCGAUGAAGCAGAGGCCAAUCUGGAAGCCAAUCGGGGUCAGGCCGAGUACAUCAUCAAUAAGACCAUGCAGGACUACAUUGCCCAACUGAAGGUACAGCAGCAACAUCUCACACACAAGUUGAGCCGAGCCUGUGAGGGGCGCAAGAAGCAGCUGAAUGCUCACAGAAAGAGUCUCCAGGCCGGGCUUGAAAACCUCCUGAGUGGCUUUGAUUUCACGGAGAAAGCCCUGGGUCACGGGUCAGAGCUGGACAUCUUGUCUAUCAAGGACGAAGUCAUCGACAGAUUAGAAGGGCUGUCCAACAUCUCGCCACAGCAAGACUUGACGCUAGACCAACUCUCCCACCUUUACUUUGUCGCUAGUGAGAACGCCACCGACUUGUCGUUGCCUCUUCUUGGGGAGAUCCGCUGUGGAGAUCGGACCUUCGUAGACAUGUCCGAAAUGGGUGAUUCCAGGUCAAUCUGUUCCAUUGAGUCAUCAGAGCUUGGAGACAGCUCCUUGUCUGAAUCCAUCCCUAAAUCACCCAGGAGGAUGAUCGAGCCCAAGCCUCUUUCAGUCAGUAAACCACAGCUACUGUUUCAUCUCAAAGAUGAGAUAGACGAAGCCGGGGAAUUCGACUGGCCGAGCGGGGUGGCAUCUAGUGCCGACGGAGAAUAUGUGGCCAUCGUCGAUCGUGACAACGACCGCAUUCAGGUCUACAACCGGAAGGGCAAGUUUGAGUGUAAAUUUGGCAAUCGCGGCCGCCAGCCCUGUCAGUUUGAAUUGCCUCUGGAUGCAGCCAUCACAACCGAUGACGACCCCUGCAUCUACGUCACAGACGAGUACAAUCAUCGCGUCCAGAAGCUGACGCUCUACGGCAAGUACGUCUCGCACUUUGGAGACAACGGGAUCUUCAAGCAACCAUAUGGCAUCGCCAUCACCAGCGAGGGGCGCGUGGUUGUGACAGACAUCGGCAAACACCGGGUGACGGUCCACGACCCCAACGGGAAGCUCCUGCAUCACUUCGGGUCCAGAGGAGACGGCGACACGCAGUUCAACGAACCGCGUUAUGUGGCCAUUCACGACGACAAGAUCGUGGUGUCCGACCACUGCAACCACUGCAUCAAGAUCUUCAACUCUCAGGGAACCCACCUCCGCACUUUCGGCUCCUGUGGCUCCGGGAACGGGCAGUUCAUCGGGCCCACGGGGGUCUGCAUCGACCGGGAUGGCAACAUCAUCGUGGCCGACUGCGCCGACCGGGUCCAGCUCUUCAACUCGGAGGGAGUGUUCCUCCGGCAUCUACUGAACGAGGGAGACGGUCUCAGUGGACCGCUGGGCAUGGUCAUCACAGCCACCGAGGAGUUGGUCAUUACUAACUUGGGUACACACUGUGUCAAUGUGUUCAAGUACAGUGGGUGGGUAUGAUGAUCACUUGAUUUGACCACUUAUUGUAGUCCUUAUCAGCUCAGUUCACGAAGGUCAAAAUACGGCAAUAAGGUCUUAAUCAACAAAACCGGUUAUUAUCAUACAGCAGCCAAUAAUAAUAUCACAUUUUCAAAAGACCUUUCUGCAAGAAAAUUUGGAAGUCAAUUUGUAUCAAAUAUCGGGUUUUUUUCUCACAUAAAAAAGAAAACACAGGUAAAAGAAGAAAAGAAAACGGCCAUCCAUCAAAACUCAUUUUAUGACUGUAUUGAACUCGAUUGAUAUGUUAAUGUUCUUGUGUGAUAGAUAAAUGAAGCUAUCCACUUUUUAGUUUGAAAUCAAAUAUUGUAAGUCACCUUGAAAUAACAAUUCAGAUGUUUCUUUUUUUAAACGGAGCGGCUCUAUCUUUACCAACAUGUAAUCAAAAACCAAAAAAGGAAAAAUGUGAAUUUACUCUGGUCAAGUGGACAUUAACUUGGUUAACUUGAAAGAAGCAUUAUGUUUUUAUAAAUAUGGUUGACUGAACCCAAUUGAAGGGAAGGUGGUCAGAAGACAUAGAUGUAAAUAUGAACGGCGUUUGGAGCCGUAAUGUUAAAAAGUAAAAUCAUUGUCUUGCCAUAAAUGUACAUAAUAUGCGAACGGCACUGAUGUACUAAGCAAAUCUUUACAACAGAAUUACACAAGUGAAUGAAACAUGUUAAAUUCUGCACACAUGUUCUUGUAGUCUAUACAUUUUGAUUCUAUUGAAAAAUCUAUGGUAACUUCUAUUGCAAUGGUUGUGGAAUGUGUGUAUACGUAGAGCAAUAUAACGUGACUAUAUGUUCAAGUACAAAUACAAAUUGUGAAGCUAUAAUAGUUGUGAAUAUGUCAUUACGCGCACAAUAUUUGGGGCAGCUGCAAUUCAAAACGAGGUUACGUAAAUUCGGUUCCAAGAUCAGUUUUGUUUCGGAUAUUUAUUGAAAAAAAGACACACUUGCAUAGAAAUCUGCCAGGUAGCGAAUACCGAAAUUGGUCGUCUUUAAGAUCCACACGAAGACGACUUCUAUUUACUAUUUUGUUGUGAUAGAAGAAAACAAAAACAUACGAGUGAAGAUGUAUUAGCUUAAUCAAUUGAAAAGUUCCGUUUAUAUAAAGUCCCUAUAGAAGUGGUAAAGAGUGCAUAUGUUGAAAGUAUACAUGUCCAUGAACUUAUAUGAAAUAUAAUCUUAUUAGUCAUUCUAUGUCACUUAUUGUAAGGUAUUGUGGCCUAUAAAGUGGGUGACUUACAAGCAGUAUGGUCAUUUCAAGUUUAAGAUGAUUCGUGUAGCUUUCAAAGUCUAUAUAGAAGUAUUCAAAAUAUUAAGCACGACACAAAAAAUCCAAAAAUAAAACAGGUUAUUUGAGUUUGAAAAAAAAAAACCCUAUUUGUCAUAGGAACUUCUUUGUGCUUGUGUAUCUAGAAUAUAACAAAUUAAUAUUACUUGCAACAAUAUUGGCCAUGCAAACAGGGGUUGGGAUAUAUGUAUAAUGUGCGUACUUUGGUGUGUGUUCAAGUGAAAUAUAGUGUAAUAAUGCUUCAACUUAUUUAUUUUUCAUAUCACAGACAAUAUUGAUUGCAUUCUAUAAAAUAAACGAUUGGUUAUAAAUAUUGUGGAAUUAUUAUUGUAUUUAUCACAAUGUAAAGAGGAUUAUAUAUUUAAAAAAAGCUUUUAUGAAAGAGUGCUUUAAUGCUUACAUAGAUGUUUUAAGCUUUGUGUUAUUAGAGGUUUGAAAACAGGCCAGUUUGCUUGAUUAAUUUUACAUUGUUCCGUUUUAGAUGUUUCGUUUGGCCAAAUAUUUUUCGCCUUUAUGAAGUACCGCUUUUGUGUAUAUUUUAUUUUUUAUUAAUGAAAAUUAUGCAAGUAUUAGGCGUCAGGGUAUUGACUCAAAUAUGAUUUACUGAAAGGUUUUUGUUUGCUAUUGUGUUCAAGGUUAAAAACUGUAACAUAAACAGAGAA